AUGGCCAACCCCCGCCAACGCUCCAAGGCCAAGUCGCACAAGUCGACCAAGCCUAACCUUGCGCAGAAGAAGCGCAUGCACGCCAAGCUCAAGAAGGCCCCACCUCUUCGUGGACCCGAGACGCUCCAGAACGCCUGGGACAGGAAGAAGACGGUGUUUCAGAACUACGCCGCUCUCGGUCUCCUCCCCUCCAUCCCCAUCCCCAACCAGCCGGAACGGAACCAGCGUGUCAAGCUCCCCCUCCUCCCUCCCACCGAGGACGCCGCAGCCCCCAAGAUCGGGUUUGGGCGGAUCGUGCGCGACGAAGAGGGCAACGUUAUCGAUAUCAUCAUCGAUGGGGAGGAGGAGGAGGAGGAGGAUGAGAAACCAAAGCCGCUGAAUGAAGAGGAGAAGGCACCGGAGAGGGUGGUCGCUAAGACGCAGGUCGUAAGGGACCUCGAGGCCCUCGCUGCCUCCUCUGUCCCUGUUGUGCGUCACACUUCGUCCCAGGAGCACGUCUGGCUCGCCGAGCUUGUACGGGCACACGGGGUUGAUUAUACCACCAUGGCCCGCGACCGGAAGCUCAAUGUUUGGCAGAAGACGCCGGGGGAGAUUCGGCGGAUGGUUAAGAAGGCGGGCGGCGUGACUGCGCUGCGCGGGAUGGAGGUCGACGCGUAG